AUGUCAGAUAAAACUACAUUAGAAAGAAUUCUCGACGGUGAUACGUCAAUAGAUUAUACCAAGCUCAAGAACGUCAGCGGUAUGACACUCAAGGCUCUCGCUGACUUGGCAAGAAAGAGAAUAUACGAGCAAGUGCCUGACAUGGAGAAACUACUUAAUGAAUACGAACGUCUUAAGAGCGAGUAUCAAUUGAUCAAUAUGAGAUACGAGUCAGCAGAAAGCAUUAUCAGAGUUCUGAACACGACCGUUGAUACUCAAGCAGGUUUCAUCAACAGCUUAAAAGACCAAGUAAAACAACAAUCAACAUUCCUUCAACACUCAACACCUCGUUCCAACUCUCUUACGAGCGACAGUUCACAAAACCACGACGACGAUGAAAACAACAACAAUCGUCAGUCUUCAUCAAACCACCAUGAUGAAAAUAACAACAAUCGACAAUCUCCACCCACUGAAUCAUCUACAAUGAGAUUAUCACAAUUACAUUCAACAGGUACCUCAACUAGCUCCCAGUUAAAAUACAACGAUGCCGAACUUAGGUUACUCAGACUAUCUAUCAGCGAUAUCAAUAACAGGUCAAUCAAGACAACAAGAGAUAACUUGACCUUUAGAGCUAAGCUCCACCACGACUGUUCACCAGAACGAGUCGAAAUAGCGAUUUCCACCAUCUCCCAGAUCGAAGCAGUUCAUUCCAGACUAAGUUUCAAAUCAGUUGAAGAAUUGCGUGACAUUACUGAUACAUGGGAACACUUCUUAAAUUGGCUAGAAUCCGCUCUGCAUGUCAGAAGUACUAUGUUGGGUAACCUCAAGGGUGUCGUUACAAACUACGUAUUGGACAAGAAUCUAUCCAAUUACUCAAGGUUCAUGGAGUUGGUUACCGAAUACCACAAGACAGGAGUAGCGGAUGACACCCUAAUCGUUGCAUUCGCUAAAGCGCUCAACAGGUAUGCACCCUACCUCGAGCGUAACUUCGCAUCACUCGCCCAUCUAGGUGAUGCUGCUAUCCAUACAUUCAACAAUACCGGAAAGAAGAUCACCAGACGUCACCUGGAGACCUGGGAUCUAUACCUUAAAGAUCUGUCAGUGUCCUCAAGAGUACUCUCUAAUGACGACACAGAGACCCAAAGAAUAAGAAUGGGAAGAAGCAGUUUCACCAAGAGAAGAAAUCACAGGAUGACAAGAAAGUCGCGAGCGACGCUCCAAAAGAAGCUGCCGACAAGCCAACCUACUACACCAAAAACAAAGGAUCAGGAGGCGGUCACCACAAAGGUACUGGAGGUGGUCACUACCACCAAAAGAAAGCCGACAAGCCAGAUUCAAAUUAACGGCCUGGUAUGGCACUCAUCUGGUUACUACAUCAAGGUAGUGAUUGGUGACCAGACAUUCGAUGCUAUGGUGGAUCUAGGAUCACAAGCAUCAUUAAUCGAUCCGGACCUACUACCUACAUUAGGACUGGAGUCAUCACCGUGCAACGAGUACCUUAAGCCGGUUGCACAAGUUAAGGGUUUCUACGCCAAGGCACUCGUAGACACCAAAGUCACCAUUCCAGGAUCAAUCGACGACAAAGACUACAAUAUAUCCGUGAGAUCUAAGUUAUUUGUCGUGAAAAAUCAACACAAGUUGAUCAUUGGUAACAAUCUAUUUGGAUUGAUUUCACCAAUUGCACAUCUUUUUGCAGACACUCCUCACCUCAUCAUUCCCGUGAAGUUAGGAAAACAAAUCGUUUCUGCCAAAGUACUGGUUACAUCUUUGAACAAGCGCGCACCAAAGUCAAUGAUGCUUACCAACUUGAAUAAACUUGACUUGACCAAGGUCAGUAGGACUGCUGUGAAGGCAGUGGCAUCCGUGCCAUUGCCUAAUAACAGCUCCGAUGCCACUGCCACAACAUCGGUUCCUACUACGCCUGACGUCAAGGACAGUUUACCAAGUGAACCUGUAGCUACAGUUGCUACAGAAGAGCCACCGAUUACCGAACAACAAUCCGAGUGUGCUACAUCUGAUGCAGUCGACAAUAUCGACGGUGUAGAUCUCCCUGUACAAGAGAUCGAUGACGACACAGACGAUGACGACGAAGAAGAAGAAGAUGAAGACGAACCUGUACUCUCGUCAUCCGACGCCGCAUUAGACGCCAUGGCCGCCACUAUUCUCUCAGCUUACAAGCGUAUAAUAGUAGACGCGUUGCCUGAAAAUCACUCACCCGACAGGGGCAAGUUUAAUAUGAAUAUUCUACUCAAGGGUGAUGCCAGUGCUUUCAACAUUAAGCAUGGACGACGGUCCAUUGAACUGGAGAGUAAGAUCUCCGCUGAAGUUGCUAAACUACUGGAAAUUGGAGUUAUAGAGGAAGCUCCACCCAAUACAGAAUUCUGCUCACCUGCUUUCUUUGUCAACAAAGGUACAAGCAAAGAAAGAAUGGUUGUAGAUUUUAAACAUCUGAAUUCCAUGACCGUGGACGACGUAUUCCCAAUGGAAAGACUAGACGAAAUCAUUGAAUCGAUUGGCGGUGCAAAGAUCUUCUCCGUCAUCGAUGCCAAAUCUGGUUUCUAUCAGAUGUUACUCAAUCCUGGUUCUAGGCGAUUCACCACAUUCGCUGCGAACAAAAGAUUGUACAUGUUCACACGACCUUGCUUCGGUUUGAAAAACAGUCCUGCAUAUUUCAACCGCUGGCUACAACACGUCCUUGAUCCUCUAGUCAAGAAAGGUUUCGUAAGAGUAUACGUUGAUGACAUUCUCAUCUUCUCGAAAUCCGUGGCUGAACAUGAACAACAUCUCAAACAAGUAUUUGAGCUGCUUGACAAAAACGAUGUAUACGUCGCCAAGUCAAAAUGCCACUUGUUCAAAUACUCUGUAUCCUACGCCGGUCACAUGUUGUCCGACAAAGGAAUCAAACCGUUGUACAACAAGGUAAACGCGAUUCUCAACAGAUCGGUACCAACUACUGUGAAAGAAAUGAGAUCUUUCAUUGGUGCAAUUAACCAUUACAGAAGGUAUCUCAAUCACAUGGGUCCACAACUGGCUAGAUUGACAAGUACAAUCAGUACCAAGUACAGAAAAAUCAACCUCACCGAUCAGGAGAUUGCAGACUUCAAUGAUAUUAAAACGGAGUUAUGCUCAUCCAGAUGUCUUAUGUCGCCACGCUAUGACCGAACAUUCCACGUCUACACUGAUGCGUCGGAUGUCGGAUCUGGUCUCAUGAUUGCCCAGUAUGAUGACAACAACAAUCUCCGUCCUGUUCUAUUCGACGCAAGGAAAUUUGAUUCUGCCCAACGGAACUACAGUGCACGUGAUCGCGAGUUGCUAGCUUUCAUCCAUGCUGUCACCAGAUAUGGCUACCUACUAAGUAGACCAUUUGUGUUUCACACCGAUCACAAGAACCUAAUCUAUAAUUCUCAGAAUGACAUGGACAACCCACGACUCGUCAGAUGGAGUGAAAUCCUUUCUAGAUUCUCUUUCCAGACAUCGUACAUCCCUGGAAAGGAGAACUGCAUGGCCGACUACUUGUCCCGUGCUCCUGAUUUCUACACUCCUUGGGACAACGAUCUCCUGAAUGACAUCCUUGCUUCUUAUUCUUCAGAACUCCCCAAAGCAACUAGAGAUUGGUUCAAUUCAUUCAAACGUAGACAGGACAUCACCGUUAUCAAUGAUCUUUACUACUGGAUCGACGGUGAUAAUAUGCGAUUGGUAGUGCUCGAUCCAGCGUCGAUCACAUCAAUCAUAAACGAAGCGCACUCUUCACCGUAUAGUGGUCACGUCGCUUAUGGAAGAAUGCUCACCAAACUAAACAAGUCAUAUGUGUGGCCAAACAUGUGUGAUACUAUCUCUAAAUUUGUAAAGAAGUGUGUUCAAUGCCAACGUUCAUCCAUCAAGAAAAUCAAAGAAGGAUUCUUGGCAUCACUACCUCUUCCAGACAGACCUUGGUGCGAUAUAUCAAUGGAUCUGUUAGCUUUGCCUGCUGCUGAUACAGGCGAAGGCAAUCUGUUCGUAGUGGUCGACAGAUUCACCAAAAUGACUCGAUUGUUCCCUUGUCACAAAGAUGUCACUGCUAUCCAGCUUGGUAAUUGGUUUGCACGUGAGAUCAUUGCAGUAUUCGGUGCUCCUUCAUCUAUAGUAUCUGACAGAGAUCCAAAGUUCACAUCUGAAUUAUGGACAUCUUCUAUGAAAGCUAUUGGAACAGAACUUAAGAUGACACAACCAGGUCGUGCACAAGCAGAUGGUCAAACAGAACGCACCAACAGAUCCAUACUUAGUCAUAUUAGAAAGUGGACUGAUAAGAAGCACUCAUGGGCGACCGACAUUCGUUUCAUCGAAGCAUGUAUCAACAACAACAUCAGCUACACAACACAAUUCACUCCCAAUCAACUACUGUAUGGUUAUGAACCAAAGUUACCAUGGAACGCCAACUACUUUGGAAUCAGAGAAUACAAAGACUGUCAAAAUCAGUAUCGAUUGGAAGCAAAGAACAACGCGCUGGAUGCUCAACUACAACAAGCAAAACAGCAUGACAAGGUCAUCUCUAACUUCAACACAUACAACAUCAAUGAUUUAGUUUUAGUUAGAAGAUCAAGACUCAACACACACAAAUCAAGCUCAUCUGACGAUCGCAAGCUUACACAAUCAUGGGGUGGACCAUUCAUUAUUGUUAAACAAGUAUCUGACAUCAACUAUAGAAUCAGAUUACAGAACAAGCGUGCUACAGAAAGAACAAUUCAUGUGGACGAUAUCAAACCAUUCAUUGGUGACCCAACUGGUACAGAUCUACUCGAUAUCAACGCAAUCAUCGACAAACGUCAAUCCAAACGUGGAACUGGUACAGCUAUUGAAUACUUAGUUAAAUUCGAUACUGACAGCGAUGAUCACAACAAAUGGAUAAAUGAAAACACUCUCAUUCAAUACAUUCCAACCAUGAUAGAAUCAUUCAACAAACAACAAAAAAAAUAA